GACGUGUUUGUCGUUUCAUUUCAACCAUCAACAACGCUCGAUUUGUUUUGCAAUUUUUAAUUGUAUAGCGUCUAUUAAUCUUCAUUAGAUCUGCAAGUUUUACAUUUAAAAAAUGUGAUGUCCAGUUGAAGCCGUAUAAUUUAACAACCCGCUCGUCUCCAUAGCAGUUUACCGGUGAGAAAAAAAAAAUGGUCAGAGCGAAUCCUACGGAGUCCUCGACGCCGGUGAGCGCCAGGAGGCGGAAGGCGUGCGAGGAGAUCGUGCAGGCGCCUUCGACGCCUCACAGGAUCGAAUUGAGAAGCGAAAGCACCGAGGAGAAUAGGAAACCGGCCAAAGGUGGCGUCCUUCCUUCCACUAAAACGAAACGAAAACUGAAAACCGACAAGACCGAUGUCGUUCAAACCAACCACAAGCUCACCGAGUUCUUCGCCGUACGCAGAUCCGUAAGGAAAACGACGAAAACCGUAUUGGAGGAACGGCAAAAAACGUUAGAAACGAUACUGAAGAACAACAUCGAAGAAGGCCUCGAGAUACGGGUGUUCGACGACAAAGGCAGGGGCGUAGUGGCGUCGAAGUGCUUCAAAAAGGGCGAUUUCGUGGUGGAGUACAGCGGCGAUCUGAUCGAUUGUCUCGAAGCCAAAUCGAGAGAGGAAAAAUACGCCAAAGAUCUGACCACCGGUUGCUACAUGUAUUAUUUCAAGCACAACAACCAGCAGUAUUGCAUCGACGCGACGGCGGAGUCGUCGAAAUUGGGGCGAUUGGUGAACCAUUCGAGGAACGGUAACCUGGUGACGAGGGUGAUCGUGGUCGAUAACAAACCGAGGCUGGUGCUGAUUGCGAAAGAGGACAUAAAUAUCGGCUCUGAGAUAUUGUACGAUUACGGGGACAGAUCGAAGGAGUCGCUGAGACACCACCCGUGGUUGGCCUGUUGACGUUUAUUUUUUUUUUCUUUUUUUCGUCAAAUUCGGUCGUUUUCUAAGCGGGGUUUUUAACUUACAUAUCGUUUAUACUUGAGCGGUUUUUUUUAAAUAUUUUUUUUUCAUAGUUUUCGAUCGGGAAAGAGUAUGUUAGUUAUUGACGAAUAUUUUUAUUAGAUACUUAAAUCCGUAUUCAGCGCUACUCUGUUCGAAUUUUAUGCGUUUCGUUCAUCCGAUUAGUGUUAGACGUAUUUUCGAAUUUUUUUUUCAAUUUUAUUUAUUUCAUUUCUUUUUCCUACUUAUCGAAGAUGUUAAUUUUGUUUUUAAAACACACCUGUUUCAAUUAUCAUUUUUUUAAUGUACGAUUAAUAUAGAAUAAUAUUGGAAUAUAAAGUAUU